CAGGCGCUCUCAUCAGUGACGGGCUCACCGGCUGUGUGGACGGAGCUGUGGCGCAGGAGGAGCGGUAGAGUUGCGACCGGGGGGGAAAGCUGCCUGAAAACAGGAGGAAAAUGCGCGAGAGAGGGAGGCGGGACAAACAGAGCGAUCACAGAGGAGAGAGAAGUCAUUCAGAGCAGGGAGAAAGCUGCGAGACAAGGACACAGAGCGAGGAAAACGCACAGAGAAGCCUCUUCUGACUGCGAGAGAAGCAUGAGAGUGCGCACAGAAAGUGGCAAAGAAGAAGAAGGGGGAGUCCAACAGACGGCUGAGACUACAGGACUGAACUGACACAAGACGAGAAGAGGAGGAGCGCCAGGGCAAGUUGAUAGAUUUGAUUUGGAGGGAGUAUUUUUAGAACGAGGAGCAGAGGCAUGAGAGGAAUACCAAGAUGAGAGAUGCUGUCUUUGAGUCGGAGAGCAAAACUAGGGAGGAAGAGGAGGAAGAGUGAAUGACGGGGGACGGAUAAAAGGUGGCGAGAAACACGGAGAUCGGAUUUUUCACAGAACAGAUCAGCCUCGGUGUGGUGUCCUGCAGGAAAGCACUGUGCAUGUUCAUGAAUGUGCACGAGACGUGCUGCUCCAGGUGAAAGUGUGCUGUCUGUUUCUAACUUUGACUGUGGACGAAAUGAUCCUGCUGUCCCCAGAGGAGCUUAAAUCUGAGAAGCAGGAGAGUCCACAGUGGGACAGAAAAUAAAUGAGGAUUGGAGACAUUUGUGCAUCCAAGUUUGGACGUGGAUCAAAACAUCUCUGCGACUCUAAAAAUCUGGAACGAGGCAAGCUCUCAUUGACCAGCCCCUCCACUCAUCUCUGUUUUUAUUUUUCUUCUCUUCUGUCUGUUUUCGUCCUCAGCUUUGCAUUUGCCCUCUCUUUUCCCUUCUCUCCUCUCUUUGCCUUUUCUUGUUUUCAUUUGCUCUCUGUCUCAUCAUCUCUUGUUCACCGUCUCACUAACUGCCGUGGACUCCGGACUCAUUCAUGUAGAAGACCCCUCGCUUAGAGCAUAUUCGCCUCUGAUUUUUCUCUUUUUCCCUGCUGAGUUGGACGAUACGAGAGCUUUUCAGACUUGGAGAACAUUGAAAGGAGACCAACAAGCAUCAGCUGCUGAGUUCAUCAUCGGAAGAGGACUUCAGAACACGCAUGUGAGGGUCCUUUCACAGAGUGUGUGGUACCAAUGUGGUUGUGACUGAAUGGGCUAGUAGUGGCCAAAUGCAUAUCCAUGUGUAGAUUACAGUAGUGGAUUUAUCCUGGAGCUACAUGUGGGCCCCAGCCCCUGAGGCCUGGCUGGGAAAUGAAGCCUCUCCUGCGGUUGUAGGAGCGCUGUGGGCAGCCAUGGCCCUGGAGGGGCACUGUCUCCGGAGGGGAUCCCCGGCCAUGAUUAGAAAGGGUCGCAAGCGACGUCACACGAAGCCGACUCUGGCUCAGGUCACAACCACUCUGCUGUCAAGGACACGUCUCCACGGCCUGCGGCAUGUCUGUGUCCCCGGUGGCUCAGUUGGCCGCAGGGCCUUCUGGUUGCUGGCCCUCUGCACCUCGCUGGGGUUGCUUUUAUCCUGGUCCUCCAACCGUCUUCUUCACUGGCUCUCCUUCCCCACAUACACCCGAGUCCACACCGAAUGGGCCAAAGAACUGGCUUUCCCCGCCGUCACCAUCUGCAACAACAAUCCUAUUCGGCUCUACAAGCUCACAAAGAGCGACCUGUACUUCGCCGGCCACUGGCUCGGCCUUCUGCUGGCCAACCGGACAGUCAGGCCCAUGGUCCUGGACCUGCUGCAGGAGGACCGCCUGGCCUGGUUCAGAAAACUCUCAGACUUCAGGCUAUUUCUGCCACCCAGGAACUUUGAAGGAACCAACCUGGAGUUUAUGGACCGACUGAGCCACCAGCUGGAUGAAAUGCUUCUCUCCUGCAAAUACAAAGGAGAGCCCUGUGGAGCUCACAACUUCUCCUCUGUGUUCACCAGGUACGGGAAGUGCUACAUGUUCAACGCCGCAGAGGAGGGGAAGACCCUCCGGACCACCAUGAAAGGAGGGACUGGGAACGGGUUGGAGAUCAUGCUGGACAUCCAGCAGGAUGAGUACCUGCCGGUGUGGGGGGACACAGAGGACACAGCGUUUGAGGCGGGUGUGCGGGUGCAGAUCCACAGCCAGGCGGAGCCUCCGUUUGUCCAUGAGCUGGGCUUCGGCGUGGCCCCUGGCUUCCAGACCUUUGUGGCCACYCAGGAGCAGAGGCUGACCUAUCUGCCUCCCCCAUGGGGAGAGUGCGAGUCCAAAGCCCUGGAGUCGGGCUUCUUUCAGGUCUACAGCGUGACGGCCUGCAGGAUCGACUGCGAGACGCGCUACAUCGUGGAGAACUGCAACUGCAGGAUGGUUCACAUGCCUGGUGACGCCUCGUACUGCACACCUGAGCAGUACAAAGACUGUGCUGAGCCUGCGCUGGCCAAACUGUCUGCGGUGGAAAGCAGCAGCUGCAUGUGCAGGACGCCGUGCAACAUGACCCGCUACAACAAGGAGCUGUCCAUGGUCAAAAUCCCCAGCAAGACGUCGGCGCGCUACCUGCAGAAGAAGUUCAACAAGUCGGAGAAGUACAUCACAGACAACAUCUUGGUGCUGGACGUGUUCUUUGAGGCUCUGAACUACGAGACCAURGAGCAGAAAAAGGCCUACGAGGUGGCUGGUUUACUGGGUGAUAUUGGAGGACAGAUGGGUUUGUUCAUCGGAGCGAGCAUCCUCACCAUCUUAGAGCUGUUUGAUUAUGCUUAUGAGGUGGUGAAAGACCGACUGCUGGACUUACUGAGCAGAGAGGAGGAGGAUGAGAGCCAUGCAGAGGAGGUGAGCUCCUGUGACCCCGUGGCGAACCACUCAGAAUCCAUCAGCCACACCGUGACCGUCCCCCUCCAGACAACCUUGGGCACCCUGGAGGAGAUCGCCUGCUGAAGACCCCCUUCCCUACCCCUCAGAGCUGCCCAAAAACCCAGCACCUGCCUCCACUGGGCCUGGCAUCCUUUUUUUACGGAGUCCUGCUGGACCUUAACGGGGGCGGGGAGGAGGACGGGAGCAGGGGUCAGUCUGAGGACAGCGCCGCACUCCGUCACACCCUUCUGUCUGAGGCGCUAAUGGGGAUUAAAGACCUGCCAGAGGGAUUUAUCAGCAUUCUCUGUCACCCUGCACCGGAGGGGGGGCGGCCUCUGCCGUGACGGACCCUCGCUGAGGUCCCCUCCACAAAUAUGCACAAAGAAUAUUAAAGACCGAGUCGAGAGUUCUCAUCCUGUGCAGAGUAGCCAUGUAAAAAUAAAUCCACACUCGUACGUCUCUCACUGCCAAAUUAGCUGUAAAAAAAAAAGAAGAAGCGGUCUCCAAACUGCAUGCGUCGAUCUGUCUCACUCUUUGCUGAUGCUGGACUGCAGUGUUGCUUUACUGCGCGCGUGUGUGUGUGUGUGUGUGUGUGUGUGUGUGUGUGUGUGUGUGUGUGUGUGUGUGUGUGUGUGUGUGUGUGUGUCAUUAGUCUGUUUAUCUGCAGGAUGGCACUGUGGAAACAUCAAACCUUUCGAAUGUACAGAUUGAACAGUUUCAGGCUGCUGGAAAACUAAACAGCUUCUUAUGUUCGUCAGUGUAAGAAAAAUAAUCUGAAUAUUUUCUGCCCACCUUUUUUUUUUUUUUGGUCCACCUGCCAUUUUGAAGGUAAUUGUUUAACCGGAUGUCAGGUUUGCUCCGUGGCUCCUGUGGUGCUCGGCUGUUAUUUACAGACAUCGCUGAGAGGAUGUCAGACCCUCGCUGUUAAUUUAUGGGAGUAAAUGGGGAGACUUGAGGCCGCUGCACCUCAGCAGAGCACUCAGCUAAUUGAGACUGAGUCUGAAUUUAUACGCUCGCCAAACAACAAGUUGUGUACACAGCUCCUGUUCUGCUAAUCCAUUAUUUCAUUAAGGAAAUGUCAGGGUGGUAUUUACCAUUUUUAUCUAGUGUUUUUUUAUUUUCUCUGUUGCCAAAACAAUCCCAGGUUAGACGGUUUUAAUUUAAACUGAUAAAAAGGAUGUUUUAGUGUUUAUUAUCUUGGUUUUCACAAUGUAAAUAUGUAUUUUUUUUCCGUGUAAAACGGGUAUGAUGCAAAGCAGCCAGUAGCACUUUGGAUUAGCUGAAUGUCUAAAAGUGAAGGAGCGACCCACCCACCCCCUCAGCACCUCCCACCUCCUUUAAGACUCGACCCAACAUGACUCGACACCAAAAGCUUCUGUGAGACUGUUGAGAAACAUUUAGCGUCUCUGAGUUUUCUAUUUCCGGCGUGUCAUCACGGUGAUGUUUGCAGGUAGGAAUGAGUUCAGACUGUUUGGAUUAUGAUUUCCCAUCUGUGGCUCAGCCUGCUGUCUCUGUGUUCCUCUCUCUCUCUCUCUCUCUCUCUCUCUCUCUCCCUCUCUCUCUCUCGUGUCGUGGCUUCUGAUGAACGCAGUCCUCCAUCGACCUGUGGGGACGUGAGACAAACGCGUCUCUCUUGGUUUGGUGGCAUCAAGUACCGGCUGAUUCCCCCUCUCCACUCCAGCUUCAGUUGUUACCGCAGGACAGCGCUUUCUCGUUCUGUGAUGCAGCAACACAGUGUGUGUUUUUAUUGUGAAAUGAUUAAAUGAAAAAGUUUGUUUUUGCA